AUGCUUAAACAAACGAUACUGAAAUGGACAUCAUCAUUGGAGACUUAUAAGAAUGGCAAUAAUGCUGAAGCCUUGAAGAUGUUAAAGUCUGUGGAGCCAACAGCAAAGAUAUUGUAUAAUAUUGGAAUCAUUCACUUUAAGAUGGGCAACUACAAGGAGUCAAUCGAUAAUAUGACUCACUCGACAGAGUUGGACAAAUACUUGGCACUGUCAUUCUUUAUGCGUGGAGUCUGUUAUCAUCAGAUGGACGACACUAGUCAUGCCAUCGUCGACUAUGACGAAUCAAUCUCAAAACUCAGAGGACAUGAGUUCAUCGACUACACACAACUUGGACUUAGCUACAGACUGACGCUUACCGAGAUACUGUUUAACAAGGCGUUGGCGCUGGGUCCGGCGGGCGGGUCAGUGGCGCAGCUGGCGGCGCAAUGCAAGGUGAUGCCAUCUGAUCAGACAUAUCGCGAGAAUCUUAGACAGUUGUGCGAGGGACAGAAACAAAAGGUGAGGACGGCGCCACUGGACGUGCUGUUCAGGCCGCCCAAGGUCAACGACCAGGCGCCGCCAAAGAUCACGGUGGAGGUGUCAUCGCCAGCCAUGUCGUCCGCCCCUUCAGCGCUCAAGACAUCGGGAGAGCGACCACUGCCGAGCAAACCACUGCCCACGCCGUCACCAGCUGGCGGCGCAAAGCCUACAAUCACUAUCGACCCUCCUACACCACCCAAACAACUGCCCUCAUCACCAAAGAUGUCAUCACCACUGCCACCCCCACCACCUCCCGCGCCGCUGACCGCCUCUGGCAAGCGACUGCCGUCCAGACCGAUCAGCGCGAUGGUCGCCGAGUCCAAGAUCACGAUCAAGUGUUACUUUGCCGAUCGCAGACUCAUACAGAUCACCUCCAAGUGUACAGUCAAGGAGUUGAGACAAAAGAUUGCGGCCAAGUUUGAUGAGGCCGAUACAUUGGACAUUCGCUACAAGUUGACAGACACAGAGUUCAGCGAUAUUAUCACACAAGGCGACCUGGACAUUGCGCUGCGGCUUGGUCUGCAGGAGCUCUAUCUGACCAGACAUGGACAGCCCAACCAGCACGAGGUGGAGGCUCCCAUUCUCACACUAGACUCAUUCAUAAACGCGCCCCGAUCACCGUCGCCAACACCAAUGGCCACAUCACCACCUCCUCCAUCCAUUCCAAAGAAGCCAACAUCCCUUACAACCUCCUCAAUUUGGUCGACAACAACAUCCACAACACCAACACCUUCACCUUUAACAUCAUCAUAUUCUCCAGCGCCAACACCACCAGCGCCACCACUGAAGAAGCUACCAUUCUCUCCACCUCCACCACCUCUCUCCUCAUCACCAUCAGCGUCACUGGCUCCACCACCCAAGCCACCAUCAGUAUCACUGUCCAAGUCUGCAACAAUCACAACACCAUCCAAGCCGCCAAUGAGCGGCGUCGGCGGACUACGUGUAGCAACACGUCCAAGAGGACAAACAGCCGACAAUAUUAAGUUAUUCGAACAGCAACAACAACAGCAACCUCAACCAUUGAAGCAAUCACCAAAGUCAAUUAGAAGAGAACCAAUGGAUAGAGCACAACAGGCGGAGCAAGCUGACGAUGAGGUGGCGCCCUCCAACAAGCCAGAACAACUUUCACAUCCUUUCAAGCUCUGCGUCUCGCCCUCUGGUGAACAAUUCUACCUCAACACCGAGACGGGCCAAGUCUCCUGGACGCAUCCAGGGGGCCACCAAUGA